UCGGCUCAUUUCGCACAUUAGUGGCUUGAUAUCAAGAUGAAGUGGUGUUGCGUGGUUUUACUUGCAUUUGCAAAUAAUUUUGCUAAAGCAAAUGUGACUUAUUCUUUUAUUAGCAACGAAUUGGUGCCUGAUGUGAUACCUGUCGCCCCAUCGGAUAGGGCUGAUGUGCUGUUUGAAAUGAACAACAACUUUGUGAGGACAGGAGAAGGCAACGUACUGACUCCGAGUGAAGUCAGGAACCCGCCUAUAUGGGUGCUAUGGAGCUACACUACCGCCAAAUAUUAUACUCUCAUGAUGAUUGAUCCUGACGCACCAACCCGACAGGCCCCGACAUACCGCUCCUGGUUACACUGGCUGGUAGUGAACAUCCCUGGCAUCUACAUCCCCAAUAGAGGAGACACCCUCGUGGAGUACGUGGGGGCUGGCCCUCCGAAUGGCACAGGGUUGCACAGAUACGUGUUCCUAGUAUACGAACAACCAGGGCUGAUGGAGUUUACAGGAGCUCCUGUAUCUUCGAACAGAACAUCAGCCAAUCGUGUGUCAUUUUCUGCUGUCGAUUUCGCCAAGAAAUUCAACCUAGAGGACCCCAUAGCUGGUGACUUCUUUCAAGCUCAAUAUGAUGACUACGUGCCAAUCCUACAUAGACAAUUGAAGGGUGAAGUUACUGAAGAUAGUCCACCGGCUGCCGCCGCCGCUUCCACAAUGUUCAACCUGAAUUUAAUCUUAUUCUUAAGUUGCAUAAUGUUCAUUUUUAAAGCGAUAAAUUAAAUCGAGGAUUUGCCUGCUACUAUUCUUAAUAAGUAAUAUGCUAUAUAGACGUGUUGUUUGUAUUCAAAUUGGUAUUGUACCUAAAAAUUGUAAAUUUACCAACAAAUAAAUAGGUAGUGUGUACAAAUUAAAAUAAAAAGUCGAAGGUACAACACAAAUGUACAUACACUGUACGACCAAGACGAUCUGUUUUAUUUAAUACGCAAAAUAAAUGCAAUAUUGAUAUGAUCACAAUUUACAUAAUAACUUAAGACAGAAGGUCCCUUAAGUAGGGACUAAAUAAAAUAACCGACUUAGUUUUAUAUGGAUCUCACAACUUUUUACGGUAAAAAUACUGACAUGCGACACUCGAAAUUUUUUUCAUUUGUUUUCAUUUCUUUAUAAUUGCUUGUACUUAUACACUAAAUAAAGUAUUAUCUCAUUGUCUCAUUUCAUUAGCAUUUACACUAAAAUUACUUAAUAUUUACACGUCAAAAUAUCUUCUAAGACUAUGUAUGUUACUAAAUGGUAACUAGUAGUAAACUUUGAUAAAU